AUGUCGCGGUUCGGCGCAAAGAAGGGCAGAAAUUUGCCCGGUGCAGAAUUUACCUGGGACAACACCGAUCCAAGUGGCGAGGCUGACACAGCGCCUACUCCGCUCUUCCCUAAAUAUGCCAUUCCCCGCGCGCGACCCCUAAGCGAGCGCGAACAAGUGCAAGUCGAGCUCUAUCGAACCCUCCGCGAGCGGUUCCACGACGGGCCGUACUACUCCAUUCUAGGCGCAUCCUCGGGGACCGGCUACACAACAAAUUCGAAGGCGAACUUUGAUCCGUUUAACGGCAUGCCCUCGUAUUCGGGGAGGUAUCAGAAAAAGAAGAGGCUUGUGCCGAGAGUGCAGGGGAGGCCGUAUGUCAUGAAAUUCUUCCCUCGUGAGCUCUGGACAACCGUCAAGCCGAAUUACAAACCGGAUGGUCUACUCGAUGGGUAUGUGCCACAAACUUUGCAGGGCGGGGUGAAGCGGGGGUUUGAGGAGGACGAUGAGGACGAUGAUACUUCGAAGCGGCGGCGACAGGGAGACGGGGAAGACGGCGACGAGAAUGAAGAUGCUGAGGGACCCGUCCCUGACGCCGAAGAGGAGCAGGACGAGGAGGAGAUCGUGGAUGAUGAUUUUGAGGAUGACGAUGAUGAUAUGGGUGGGGAUUAUAAUGCCGAGCAGUACUUUGACGGCGGCGAUGAUGAAUAUGGGGAUGACGGAUUUGGGGAUGGAGGGGGCGGUGGCGGUGAUGAAGAUACAUAUUAA